UCCUUCUCCUUGCACAAGAGUGCGUCGGCGUGCUGGGCCAGGUCACGUGCUCGCUGUCGUGCAAAUGCCCUCUUGUAGUGUUCCACUGAUCCGGGCCUUAUCAGCGAUGGAGCGCUCACCUACGAGGAUCAAGUAUUAAGGCAUCGGAUGGUCAUUCAGGCAGCCAUGCGAGGACAGCGUGUUGUGGAGAGCCUAUGUAAGUGCUGGAACCCGACUUUGUGUCUGCUGGUGACCUUGCUUGGAUCGCUUGUUUUGGUGGCGCUCGGUGUGCUCUCGCGAUUAGGAGACAUCAAAAUAAGUCGACGUGCUGCACCCACCAAUGAGCAGCAAUACCCGGUGAAGAAGCAUUACCAAGUGCGACUGACAGACGGGCCUAACAGGUGCGAGGGCCGCGUGGAAGUCUACUACAAUGACAACUGGGGCACCGUGUGUGACGAUGACUGGGACAUGCUGGAUGCCCAAGUCGUGUGUCAUCAGCUGGACUGCGGAGUGGCUGUGGCUAUGGGUAGCACCUCUCACUAUGGACAAACCUAUCUACCUAUCGUGCUGGAUAAUGUGGACUGCCAGGGUUGGGAAACAAACCUGGGUCACUGUGAUAGUCUGGGCUGGGGCGUACACAACUGUUACCACUAUGAGGAUGUGUCCAUCAAAUGUCGAGAACCACUGGUGGUAGGAGCAAAAGCGUCAGGGGGUAUUACAACAGCACCGCCCAAGAAUGCGAUCUUAGACGGCACCGUACGUCUCGUGGAGGGAAAGGACUCCUGCCAGGGCCGGGUGGAGAUCUACUACAAGGGACGCUGGGGGACGGUGUGCGAUGAUGAUUGGGAUGCCAGGGAGGCUGAAGUCGUCUGCCGCCAGUUAGGUUGUGGCCAAGUCGUGUCGGCUCACACCAACUCCUACUUUGGUUACGGCACCGGCCAUAUUCUUCUGGACAACAUCAACUGCAUUGGCAGUGAGGAGCAACUUGCUCAAUGUGCAAACCUUGGUUGGAGAAACCACAACUGUGGGCAUCAUGAAGAUGCUGGCAUCACCUGCUCUGGUACAGGACCAACCACAACUCUGCCUCCAGUUUACCCAUCCACUGAAAGCCUAUGGUCCACUCGGUCCACGCAGGAAGGAGCAGCAACAAAUGUUGAUGUCACAGCUACAGAACUCAUGACAAGUAUUCAGACCGCUCCUCAAACAAAAGCUCCAAUGGCUAUUCGCGUGGUGAACGGAUACGACAGCUGCCAGGGUCGCGUGGAAGUGCAGUACAAUAACGUAUGGGGCACAGUUUGCGACGAUGGCUGGCAUAUGGCCAAUGCCGUAGUGGUAUGUAGGCAGCUGGGCUGCGGCAUAGCUCUUGAAGCCAAAUCACAGGCCUAUUUUGGCUACGGUUCCGGUCCCAUCCUGCUGGACAAUGUACAUUGUACUGGUGAAGAAACACAUCUCUCCAGGUGCAUCCAUUCCGGUGUGGGGCAACACAACUGUGGCCAUCAUGAGGACGCUGGAGUUAUUUGUACACCGGCUAUACCCUUCAGUGGAUUUGCCCGUGAUUUUAGCAUAAUAGAUGACACGGCCACCGACGACCCCACCACCUCCAUGCCUGAUGGAACACUGAGGCUGGUCGAUGGUCAGCAUGAAUGCGAAGGGCGCUUGGAGAUGUACUUAAAAUCUGGAUGGGGCACAGUGUGUGACGAUGCAUGGGACAUCCCCGACGCCAAGGUCGUGUGCCGCCAGCUCGGCUGUGGGGAGGCCAUCGCGGCGUGGGGGGAAGCCCACUUUGGUCAAGGAACGGGAACAAUCCUAUUGGACAAUCUCAAGUGCAACGGUAGCGAAGUCUCCCUGCGGAAUUGCUCUCAUAUAUCCUGGAACGUGCACAACUGUGACCACUCAGAAGAUGCCGGUGUCACCUGCUCACUGUUAUGA